AUCAUCAGAUCUACUCAUCUCCUCUUACAAAGAAAAAAAAAUCUUUAUUAAAAUGAAAUUCGCUUUGGUUUUCGCCGCCAUCCUGGCUGUCUCUGCCGCCCAAUUCGACCAGUACGGUCGCUACAAGCCCGCUCCUGCCCCCAAGCCCGCAGUGGUUGCCAGCCGUGUCGUCAACAGUGACAAAGCCGCCAACGUCCUCCGUUACGACAACAACAUCAACCCUGACGGCAGCUACAGCUACGCUCUCGAAAUCGACAACGGUAUCGCUGCUGCCGCUCAAGGAUCCCCCAAGGACUUCGGUGGAAACCCCCCUGUAGUCCCAGUUGUCUCCCAGGGAUCUUUCUCAUGGACCUCUCCUGAGGGCAAACCCAUCGUCAUCACCUACAUCGCUGACGAGAACGGAUACCAACCCUCUGGUGACGCUCUCCCCCAGGCCCCCGCAAUCCCUGAUGCCAUCCUCAAGUCCCUCGAGUACAUCGCCAAGGUCCAGAAGAAGUAAACGACAAAUAAAUUAGUUUAACCAAUUUAAAUCAACCACUAGACACGAUUUCAUAACCUUUUGUAAAUAGGUGCAUUUCGUACAUCAUUAUCAUUUAUAUUAUUACUGAAUAGUCAAAACGGUGCCUAUAUCGCUCAUAAGCAGGACGUGAUAUUUAAAUUGGACAUAAAUUAUUAUUUAUAAUGUAAUGAUUUAAAAAUUAAGAACAUGGCAUUCCGAAUGGUUUCCGUGAUUAAAAAAAUUUG